AGCUCUCAUCCAGGCCAGCCAAGAGCCCCAUCCACACGCAUGCAUGCAGAUGCAGAUCAAUACCUAGCUAGAAGCUAGCAACCUCCGUCGUCUACGUACGUACGUGCAUAUAUAUACGUACGUACACCCACCAGUUCACCGGCGGCGGCCGAUCGGUCAUCACAAGGCACGCGUAGCGGCGUAGGGCACGACGACGAGGAUGAGGGAGCUGAUGCGGCGCCUGAGCUUCUCGGACCGCGCGGGCGGCGGCGGCGUGCCCCGCGGGUGCGUCCCGGUGCUGGUGUGCGACGGCGGCGGCGAGUCCGAGCGGUUCGUGGUGCGCGUGGAGGCGCUGCGCCACCCGUCGUUCGCGGCGCUGCUGGAGAUGGCGGCGCAGGAGUUCGGCUACAAGCAGGAAGGCGUCCUCCGCGUCCCCUGCGACGUCCGCCACUUCAAGGAGGUCGUCCUCGCCGCCGCCUCCUCGCCGCGCUCUCGGAACCGAUGAACUACUUACUGAUCACGCAUGAUCGAAUUGCUAGCAGCUGCUCGGGCGGGCGUCGUCGUCAAUCGCCCGUGUGUGUUCCGAAUCCGAUAUCCCCCCCACUUAGCCAAGUCGGGCAUCGCUCUGAAUCAAGUGCCUAACCAGUUCAUUACGUAGCGAGUUUAUAGUGCUGAUGUUGGUUGGGACUUGGGACACCUAGCUACCUACCUUCUUCUUCUUCAAUUUAUUCUUCCUCGAUCGUCGCGUCCUCCUCCUUCUUGGCCUUUAAUUACGUUCACAUUGGUUGUUUCUUGCUGGGACAAGACGGCGAGGGUGUAGUAGCUAUAUAUGCAUCCGCGCAUUGCAGUGCGUGUAUAAAACGACUAAGAUUAGGCCUCCGCCCUCCUGUCAGAUGUUCUGCACAUAUAAUACUUGUGCUAUUUUAUGAUAGAUAGACAGACAGACAGAUAGAUAUGGGCCAAAUUCUUCAUCCUGUAAUGAUCUCUAUCAAUCAGGUUUUCAGAGUCUGGAUGAUA